GCUGUCACUAUCGCAUUUUUCUUGCUAUAAGUAAUAGCCCUACGCAAUUUCCAAAUAUGGCAACUCCAAAGACCAACAACCAAACACAAAAGAAACAAUUCGAAAUCCAAUUGGACUUCCUGACAACACAUCCAGAUUUGGCAAAGGGACUAAUGAAGACGCCCAACGCAAAAACAACAGUCAAUAAUUUAUGGAAGAGACUAACUUCCCAACUAAAUGCUGCUGGACCACCGAUGCGUGAUAUGGCCGGCUGGAGAAAAGUUUGGGCAGACUACAAACUCCAUUUGAAAGGCAAAAUGCGUCGGAACAAAACCAAUAUUGCCGGUACAGGGGGCGGUCCGCCGUUUAUUCCUCACUGAACCAAUUAGAACAGCGAGUUGCUAUCUAUAAAUAAAUCUGUGGGCAGGAUAGGUAGCACGCGGGAGUUUGGUGCGCGUCAGAAGGACGUACCAACUAAAAGUUUUGAAGCAGCUUUUAAUGAUAGCGAUUUAGUCGAUAUGCCCGAAGAGACGAAUGACAGCGAUUCAGUCGAUGUGCCCGAACAGGUGACUGAGAAACCUUCCUGCAGCCGUUCGGUACUCACUCCACGCAAUAAGUAAAGCUUACUAGAAAAGCAGGUGGAUAAUCAAAUUAUGUACCAAAAAAAUUCAACAGAAAUACUGACUGAGGUUAAUGAUUCCUUAAAAAAUAUUUCCAAAACCAUGAAAAUGGCAUAUAAAGUAGAAAAAAAGCUAAAUUUAGCAAAAGAGCAAUUCGUCCAUAGCCAAAAAAUGGACCUUGAUAAUUUAAAGUUAAAACUUAGCAAAUUAGAAAUUCAAAAACAAAUGUUGGAUGUGGAGUUGCAGACAAAUAAGACACAUGAGAAACAUGGAACUUCCUUUUAAUUUUUUACUUAUGUACGUUAGGCACAUACAAGUGACUUAGUUUUGAUGUACCUGUCCAUGCACAGUGCCUUACCGAAGUACGAGUAUUAUAGCUUAGAAAAUGUAUACAAUGUAUGUAAUUUGUACACUAUUGCUAUUAGUUUUAAUAUAUGUACACACUUUG